AUAAAAAAAUGUGGUGUUCCCUUUUUUCUGCUUCAACAUCCCACUUUACUAUAAUUAAAUGUUCAAUCCCAAGUGAAAAUCAAGAAUCCAAAAAUCCAAUUAAUGGCAAUGCUGUGAAAUUGGAUUUGUUAAAAUCCAAAAAUGGUCAUAUUGCAACAAAAACUUCAUUUGCUCCUUGUGAUGACACUUUGUACACUAUUCCAAUGUCACAAAUUAGGCAAAAUAUACCUUCAAAGAAACAACUUGUGGAUACUUAUAGGCAAGGAUUAAUUGUUGAAGGGGCAUAUAGACAAACAGUUGUUAUAAGGUCUUAUGAAGUUGGUCCUGAUAAAGUUGCUACUAUUGAAAGCAUCCUUAACUUACUUCAGGAAACAGCAUUGAAUCAUGUGUGGAUGUCAGGACUACUUAGUGAUGGAUUUGGUGCUACACAUGGGAUGAUGAAAAAUAACCUCAUAUGGGUGGUAUCAAGAAUGCAAGUUCAGAUAGAUCAUUAUCCAAUAUGGGGUGAAAUAAUAGAGAUUGACACAUGGGUUGGAGCAUCAGGCAAAAAUGGGAUGAGACGAGACUGGCAAAUUAGAAGCCAGGCCACAGGCCUUGUAUUUGCCAGGGCAACCAGUACAUGGGUGAUGAUGAACCAGCAAACAAGGCGUCUGUCAAAGAUGCCGGAAGAAGUGAGGUCUGAAAUCUCACCAUGGUUCAUCAAUAAACAAUCCAUCAAAGAGGAAAAUCCUAUUAAGAUAGAGAAGUUGGAUGACACUGCUAAAUAUGUCCUAUCAAAUUUGAAGCCAAAGAGAAGUGAUUUGGACAUGAAUCAUCAUGUAAAUAAUGUAAAAUACGUUCGGUGGAUGCUAGAGGCCAUUCCUGACCAGUUUUUGGAGAGUCAUCAGUUGUCUAGUAUCGUGCUCGAAUAUAGGAGAGAAUGUGGAAGAGCGGAUGUUGUUCAAUCACUUUGUGAACCUGAUGAUGAGGGACUUCUCGACGAUGCUGUUGAUAAUCAACACAAGAGAAGAAUUAGUGUACUUCAUGGAUUUUUGUCGGCAUCGGACAUUCUUGAGUCAUUUAAUCAAAGGCCAUGUAGUUAUACACAUUUGCUUCAGAUAAAAGAACAGAUCAAGAAUGAAGAAAUUGUUAGAGGAAGGACUAGUUGGAAGAGAAAAAUAUCCUUCAUGCCGUUUCCUGCCUGAUUUGCAAGCUAUGUUCUUUCGGACUCUUAAAAAAAUGCCAUUGGGUGUGUGUUGAUCCUCCAAGCUAUACGUUUUCAAAGGAUCUGACACGGGUGCGGCAACACUUUUGAAGGGUCCGAGCAACAUAAUUUACAAGUAUGAUUAAAAGGGAUUUAGCAAACCAUAAAACACGAUUCGCCAAUCUUGAAAAAAAAAAAAAGGUUCUUGAAUCCAAUAAAAGGACUUGGAUUGAUGUGAGAAGUGUUAGCAACUUAGUAUUGAAGCAAGGAUAUCAGAGUGAAGAUAAAUAAUGUAUGGUGAUCUUGAAGUAUAAAGUCAUAGGGGAAGCGACAUUGCAGCAUUAGACUGAAGAUUCAAAGACAAUGGAUUUGCAAAAAACAGCAAUUUUUAGGAAAUAAGGAUAUUCAUAGAUCCAAAAAAAAAAAAAAAAACUUUUGUGCAGUGUAUAGGUCCUAGAGUGAGUUGAUAAAAAACAAAUUCUUGUUGAGUGAAA